AAGCAAACAUCACAACAACCGACAAGAUGUCUCUCAGUACCAGUGCAAACCUGGUGAAAUACCUCCUGUUUCUGUUUAACUUUCUUUUCGUGAUAACCGGUAUCACGAUUAUGGCCAUUGGCCUCACCGUGCAGGGUGCCUAUCACAAUUUCAGAGAAAUCUUGGAUCCACAGUUCUUCAGCGUGCCUACAUUCUUGGUAGUAAUUGGCAGCUUUAUCUUCAUUAUUGCAUUCUUCGGAUGCUGCGGUGCCUACAAGGAGAACUAUUGCAUGACGUUGACUUUCUCGAUCCUAUUGGUGUUCAUCUUCAUCCUGGAACUGGCCGCCGGAAUCAGUGGAUACGUGUUGAGAAACGAUACCUACAACAUGGUUUCCAGUACGUUGCAGAGCUCUAUGGCUAAAUACGGAGGCACUACGAACAAUGAAAUCACCUACAUUUGGGACGAGAUCCAAGUUGAUUUCGACUGCUGCGGAGUCUAUAAUUCCUCCGAUUGGGGCAAAACUAACGACAAGCUCUUCAACGCAACCUUCCUGCCGAUGAGUUGCUGUCGAACAACCACAGGUGCCAUCGGAGCGGUUCACUGCAUGGAUCCCGACCAUCCGGAAACUCUGCGCAAGACAGGCUGCGUCACCUCGUUUGGAAACUUCAUCAAGGCGCACGCAGUUAGCUUGGGAGCGGCCGGAAUUGCCAUUGCAGUGAUACAGUUCUUUGGAGUGCUAUUUGCGUGCUAUCUAUCGAAGCAAAUCAAACUGCAGCAAGGCCACACCGGAUUCUAAAAGUAGUACAACACAUACCCACUAGAAGGAAGGAAGACUGUGCAACUGGGCGAUAGUAGCAAUCACGCCUGUUACUACGGUGUGAAUGAAUUCCAUAUUCAAUGUGAUCUUACUGCAAACCGAAUAGAAUAUAUUUAUGAAUACAGUUAAUUUGCCAUUUGCCUGCAGAAAAUUAA